AUUUCAAACCUACAAACCCUAACUCAAAUUUUUAUUCCCAACUUCCAGCUCUAUCUCUCCACCUCUCUCUUCUCUCUAUCUACAAACACCUAUAAAUCUCGAUCUCCUCCCUCCUUCAAUCUCUCCGUCGCCAAUCGACCACCAAAACCACCCCCUCCGCUUUGAGUCCUCGUCGCCAUCUUCGGCGAACAGCCUUCGCCGUCGCCUCUUCCUUCUCCUCCAUACAUGCCGCCAGCUCCUACCCCAGGCGAGUCCAACCGCUGCUCCGAUGGCCAACCCCCUCACUUCUCGUCCUCUACCGGCGAACAGCGCUGCCAUCGACGGAGACGGCCAGCCAAGCCUCCACGCCGCUAUUCCAUCCUCCGUCCUCCAGUCACCUUCUUUCUCCCCUCCGGCGAAUGUCCAACAGCCGCGGCACAACCUCGACUCCUCUCCCACAGUGAUAGCUCUGGCAAACCCCUUCGGCGUUCCAACCAUGCAACCCUUCCUCAUCGAAAAUGAAGAAUCCGUCUUCAGAAUCUUAUUGGGAAGACAAAGUGAGUGAAUCACAUUCAGCAGAGUGGGAGAAAAGGUGAAGAAAUUUAAGGGAGGAUUUUGAAGGAUGAAUGAUAGCUCAGCUAUCGAAAUGAAUGAGAGACAACCUCAAAGGCCUUGUGGUUGUGUGGGCAUUUUCUUUCAGCUCUUUGAUCGGAACCGUAGAUUUGCGAAGAAGCUAUUUCCAAAGAAACUGCUUUCACCAGCUUGCUUGAAACAAGCUUCAAAAAAGUUUGGAGGGGAUGAGAAGCAGCCAAAGCUUCGUUUGAUUGUUGAUGAGAACAGUGGGGGUUUUCCAAAUGCAAAGAAUAAUGGAAUGACCGAUACACGUUGUGAAAGCAAGCGUGAAAUGAAAGCUCCAAGGUUGGUUGCUAGGCUCAUGGGUUUGGAAUCGAUGCCAGCAGGAUCAGGCUGUAAGCCCCAAAAGGCUUCAGCUUCUGAAACUUGGAGCAAUGUGGCAGACAAACUUGGUGCUCGACCUGGCGGAUCUGAUAAAGAAGAUAUGGAUUUUGAGAUGGCCGAAAUAAAGAGUUCAGAACCAGGUUUGCAAAUGUUUAGAGCUAAAUGUGAUCUCACUUAUCCUACUAGAUAUUUUUCUCCUUUGGAAGAUGAAGCAGAUUUAGUUGGGAAUUCACUUGAUCACCAUUCAACUGACAGCUACCUCUCCAGCAGUCCCAAUAGUAGCUCAAAGGACAAAGUGCUUUCUGAAUCAGUGGACUCUGUUGAUGAUGAACCACUCUUUCCAGAACCUGAUAAAGAUCGUUCGGAUUGUGAGACCUCAUUAUCCACCAGAAGGAGUUGCAGAGAACUGAUUCAUAACGUUUCUGGAGUGCUCAGCAAGAUUGAUCAGUUAGAAGGAAGCAAACUCAGCUACGCAAAACAGGUCAUUUUGAAUACUGAACUAAUAUUUGGAACUACACCUCAAUAGCAGGCUCUACAUGUAGAGGAUGGGUUCUCUGUGAGCCAUUUUCUCCUCAAUGAACCUGAAAUGUUUUCGAGUUUUCUGUGGAUGGCUUUCGGUGAGUUACUUGGCUGUAAUGACCCAAAACAGAUGAAUCAGCUUAAAGGAUUCACCUUUGAUUGUCUAUUAGAGUACCUAGACUCAAAAUUUUCUCCAAUCUCUCAUUCUGGUUUCAAAACCUGUACCAAACUACCAUCAAGUAUGACCAAAGAGAUUCUGAUUGCUGAUAUUAUUGAUGAGGUCGAAGAGUGGACACAAUUUGUUGGUUUGAUCCCAUAUGCGCUAAUAGAAUGGGAUAUGAGCCAUUCUUUAGGUAAAUGUACAGACUUCGAGAUUGAAGAAUAUGAAUGUGGCACUGAAGUUGCUAGGCAUAUUCUCUAAGAAUUAGUAGAUGAAGUUGUUUUAGACCUCUACAGUUCUAGCUAAAUUUGGUGGAACUGUUAGUAGCUCCUCUUUCUGAGACUUUGUUGCAAGCCUAUCAGUGCUGUUCUCAUGUGAUAACUCUUGACUCAAUAAUGUCAAGCAAAGUAUUUUUUACAAAUCAUUGAUUCUGCAUCUGAUUCGACUUAUUGUACUUUUGCUUUUGCAUUUAUGAAUAUUAAGAACAAUCCCUUCGU